AGUCAGGGUCCCCAGCUCUCAUGUGGGUGGGUGCUCGCUUUAUAUUCCACAGACAAUGUCCCUUUAAAAAGCCCCACGUCUGGAAAGCCCAUUAGAUGUGCAUAUAAAAUUCCCCCCGUGAUUAAUAGUUGAUGAGGCAGGGUUGGUUGGAGGGUACUACCAACAUGUGGCCGGCAGGGCUCCUCCUCUGCAGUUUCGCGUUACGCUCCAUAAACUCGCCACUCUUUCCCACCUAUAUGUUUAAAAAGGAGGAGGGCUCAUUUGUCAAGAAUGCCUUAGAAGAGUUGUGAAAACAGCCAGCCCGAGAAGGGGAGUCAUGCAGUUGCGGAUGCAGCUCUCCCGCCGAGCCACAAGCCAGUCAGAUCAGUCAGGGAGAGAGGGUGUGUGAGAGCAGGACACAGGGAAAGUGUGCGAGAGUGUGUCAGGACCAGAGGCUCCAGAGGACGUCACACACACCAGAGGGAGAAAGGGGAAAUACGCUGUCACAGGAAGGCAUCUUUCCUCACGAGUUGGGGCCUGUGGAAGAGUCAGCAGCCUCUGACUGAAGUGAGUAUUCCUGAGCGAGUGGAUGCAGUGAGAAGAUGAUGUGCAUUUAGUAAGCUGAAGUGGAUGUUUCUCAAGACUGACAGAGACACAGAUUUCCAAUCCUAACUUGCUUUCUGAGGGAGGGGGGCGGGGGGGUUCCAACUCCUCUACAAGGAAAACACUUGUAAUAAGACAUUAAUCAAGACUGUGUGAAGUGUUUUUGCAUCACUAUGGAUCAGCCGGCCAGCAGCUGCAUGCGGAGCGCCCACCCCAGCAGCCCGAUCUGGGGUUGCAUGAGGAACCCUCACUCAGGGGUCCCGGGAGCCAAUCUGCAGUCGCCCUACCAGCAGGCAUCUUUCUCCCUCCACCAGAAGCCUGACUUCCUGGCCUACACGGACUUCUCCAGCUCCUGCCUGGUGCCGACUGCGCCGCACGCAGCCUACCCCCGCGACGACAGACUGUACCAAGAGAGCCAGGGGGCAUACCAGAGAGCUGACUGGCAGUUCAACCCCUGUGAGACACGGGUAAGAGCGCCCGAGGCCUGCCCGCCCGUCGUCGCCCCUGUAGCAGUAGGUGGAGGGCCUGAGCUGGACAGUGUGGGGGGAGACAGGCUUCCAGGGGCCGUGCCCGGGUGCCUGGAGGGAGAAUACUCCCCCCAGAGCGUGGCGUCGGCCGACUCUGACAAGAAGAGCUCCAAUAAGAGGAAGAGAGAUGUCACAGAUAUCCAGGAGUCCAGUUUUAAGGUGGACUCCAGCUGCAAAGCCCGGAAAGAGCGCACAGCGUUCACCAAGGAGCAGCUGAGAGAGCUGGAGGCUGAGUUCACCCACCACAACUACCUGACCAGGCUCCGCCGCUACGAGAUCGCUGUCAACCUGGACCUCACAGAGAGACAGGUGAAGGUGUGGUUUCAGAACCGGAGGAUGAAGUGGAAGAGAGUGAAGGGAGGACAGUCGUCUUCGCCCAACGACCUGGAAAAUGACGACAUAGACUCGGCGGCCUCGCCCAGCUCUGAAUGAACAAACGAAAAGCAGACGACACAGAGAGACUGGUGGGGGGGGGGGGGGGGUCAACUGGACACCAAUGUAGCACAAUGCAAACUUCACUUGUUUCUUUGGAAAGCUGCAGGAAUCAAUCAAGACUUUUUUUUCUUCUUUUUUUUUCUUUUUUAUACCCAAGAAGAAAUCAAGAAAGCGAGCAUCUACUUUGCUUUUGUAAAUAGUUGAUAUAUGUCCAUAAUGAACUGCAUUUUGAUACAAUAUUGAUAAAUCUCUUGCUGCAUUGACUGAAAUAUUAGAGAUGAUACUUAUGGUCAUUGUAGAUCAGUGACAAAGUCCAGACAGAAGCGCUGAGGCCUGUGAUGACAUAUCAGAGCGUGAUGUGAUUGUGUUUGAGAGCACCCCCGCUGGUUCCAGUAUCGUAAUCAUGGCCUUUGACGCUUGACUACAACCACCUGGGAAAACUCAGACUGCACAAGAGUUGCCAAGCCAUAAGUGCCUCCGAAUCAGAUGUUUUUUUUGUUUUUUUUUCAUAAUGUCAUUUUCUU